AUGAAAGAUGCCACACGAUUUGAGAAGCUCGCUCAAGAGGCUUUGAAGUCGACGAUAAACACGAUUAUUGAGAAUUCUUCAAAGGAAAACAAUACGUGCACGUUGGAGAACCUACGAGUUCGUCGGAAUUGGAGAGCUUUCACUUCUCCUGAAAAGAAAUCUUAUAUCAACGCUGUCCUGUGCAUGACCAAGUCUCGGACAAUUACUCCGCCCCAUUUGGCACCUGGAACCAGAUCUCGAUUUGACGACUUUGUCGCUGUUCACAUCAACCAAUCGUACCACGUCCAUCGCGAUGCAUCCCGCAUUACAAACCAGUCACAUCUACAGCUAAGGAGUAACACAAGACAACCCAGAUACUGGAACUGGGCCGCAGACGCCAACAAUCUCGAAAAGUCACAGCUGUUCGACGGAAGCGAGACCUCGCUCUCCGGUAACGGUGCCCACAUCCCAAACGAAAUGCCCAUCGGAGCCCGAAUCCCCGGCCCAUACCCACCACUCUGGCUACCCCCAGGCACAGGAGGCGGGUGCGUAACCAGUGGUCCCUUCAAGAACCUGACCGUCAAUUUGGGCCCGUCCUACCUCGCCGUUCCAGGCGAUAACAUUACCCGCAUGGCAAACCCACUGGAUUACAACCCGCGCUGUCUAAAGCGAGAUCUCACAACUGCCAUCUUACAGAUGUAUGUGAACUACACUUCUAUCGUGAAUUUGAUCACAAAAAGUCAGAUUGUCUGGGACCUGGAGGAUAAGAUACAGGGCCAGGUGGAUGGACCCGGAUUGCAUGGUGGUGGUCAUUUUGCUAUGGGUGGUGAUCCGGGUCGGGAUGCGGAUGCUAGUGCUGGGGAUCCGGCAUUUUAUCACCAUCAUGGGAUGGUGGAUCGAGUCUGGUGGAUAUGGCAAAACAUGGACUGGAAAAAUCGACAAUUUGCAAUUUCGGGGACGAGUACCUUUAUGGAUACACCCCAGUCGGCUAAUGUGACGUUGGACUAUAUGUUGGAUGUUGGUUACGCGAAUGGGAAUUUGGGGUCGGUCGCUUUACGGGAUUUGAUGAGUACUACUGCUGGGCCGUUUUGCUAUGUUUAUCUAUGA